CACACCUCCAUCUCCUACUUCUCAGCUCUUCAAUCUACAUUCCAAGAUGAGUGGAUUUCGUCUUAUUGACUUGGCCAAACCUUUUCUACCUCUUCUACCAGAGAUUGAGUUACCUUUGGAACAAUUAACUUUUGAUGAUAAAGUUAUUUACACCAUCGGUACUGCUUUCUUGUACCUAUUUGCUCAAUUACCAGUUUAUGGUGACUCUAAAAUAAGCAAUGACCCAAUCUAUUUCUUACGUCCAGUUUUUGGUGCUGAAAAGGGUACAUUAUUGGAAUUUGGCGUCUUUCCAAUCAUUUCAAGUGGAUUGAUCUUCCAAUUAUUGGCCGGUUUAAGAUUAAUUAAAGUCAAUUUCAACCAAAGAGGUGACAGAGAAUUGUUUCAAACUUUACAAAAAGUUUUCACCAUUUUCCAAUAUUUCGUUUUGACUAAUUUGUUUUUAUUCACUGGUUACUUUGGAUAUAACUUAACAUUCUGGCAAUACAUUUUAAUCAACUUACAAUUGGUUGGUACUGGUUUUGUUUUCACUUUAGUCUCUGAAAUCAUUGAUAAAGGUUAUGGUUUUGGUUCAGGUGCUUUGACUUUUGUUACUGUUAACAUCUCCACUAACUUUGUUGGUGAUGUUAUUGGAUUAAACAGUGUCAAAACUACAAGAGGUUUCGAGUCUGUUGGUGCUUUAAUCAACUUGGUCAAAAACUUACGUAACAAGCCAUUCAAAAAUGCUAUUGUUGAAGCAUUCACCAGAAGUUAUCUACCAAAUCUUUCCCAAGUUUACAUCACCACAGCAACUUUAUUAUUCUGUAUCUACUUACAAAAUUUUAGAUUAGAAUUGCCAAUCAGAUCAAACAGAGUUAGAUCAGUCAAUAACGUUUAUCCAAUCAGAUUACUAUACACUGGUUCUUUACCAUUGUUGUUCUCAUACGUUGUUUUAUUCUACAUCAACAUUUUUGGUUAUUCAAUUGUUCAAUUGGUUUUCAAAAAUGAUCCAAAUCAAGUUGCAGUUAAAAUCAUUGGUCAUUAUGUUACUACUGGUUUCAACUCAAACUUUUUUGUUGAAAAACCAUCAAUUCUUUACUUCUUUGCUCCAUCAAAAGGUUUAUUCGAUUCAUUAAUCUCCCCAUUGAAAACUUUAGUGUUCUUUGGUACUGUCUUGGUUACAUCAGCUUGGUUUGCAAAUAUUUGGUGUUCUAUUUCUGGUUCAGCCCCAAGAGAUUUAGCAAAUCAAUUUAAAGAACAAGGUAUUUCAAUUGCUGGUCGUAGAGAUGUUUCAAUCUCAAAAGAGUUACAAAGAGUUAUCCCUGUUGCUGCCGUUUCAGGUGCUGCUGUUUUAGCUUCACUAUCUCAAGUUGGUGAAAUUUUUGGUACUGAUGGUAAAAAUGCUGCUAUUAUUGUCGCAAUUGGUGCAGCUUUCGGUUUCUUGGAACUUAUUGCAACUGAUUUCCAACAAAGUGGUGGUUCCCAAAAUUUUGGCUCAAUUUUUGGCCAAUAAGAUCAAUUUUAGAGCUUGAUCAGUAAUUUCAAAAUUGAAGAAUAGUAAUAGAAAAUUAAAAAAAAAAGAACAAAACACGCCAACACACAUUCAAAUAACAAUGAUAAAUUGAAAAACAAUUUUGAAUUCAUGUACUAAUGAAAAAAAAAAUUAAAGAAAACUCAGAACCUUUUUCUAAUGAAAAAUCAUAGUUUUGAGUAUCAUAGGAUUCAAGUUUUUUUUGUAUUAAUGUUUCCAUUCAUUUCAAUGUUUGAGUUGUAGCACAUUUAACAUAACCUGCAUCAAAGUAAAUAAUAAUAACUUUACAUUGCCAAUUGGUGCUCUUCACUAAACCUUGAAUGGCUCAGUAGUUUGACAAUUAUGAAAUUGGAAAUUGGCGUACGUCUUUGUUUCAGUUGUUCCAGAAUCAAGCUUUCGCUUAUUGUUGAAAAAAUCGCGAAUGCCAAUCAGAGAAGAAAAGACCAUUCAAAGGCUAAAACUGUUCCUU